AUGGUCUCCUUUUUUUACCUCCGCCCUUCAUCGCGAUCUAACUAUAGUAAAAAUGAACACCGAGAAUGGCAACGCAACAUGGAACACACAUUCCUUGACCUUGAAGCUAUAGUCGAUGAUGAAGACCAGGAAGACGAUGAAAGUGACGAGGACAUAGAAGACUUUAUCGAUGAUUCCGAUUUGCCCGACGAAAUGCUGACCACCGCUAAACCUGCACACGAAGGAGGUGGAGAUGAAUUUGACGCGAUGAUGGAGGAUAUUGCGAAUCGCUGGAUAUCAACCAGAUCCAAGGCGCAAAAAACCGACGAGUGCCGAUUGAAUGUGGACUAUCAGUUGGGGAGCAACCCCAGUAAUAUUCGUUGA